AUGAAGGUCACUUCGGCCAUUGCGUUUUUCUCUCUUCUGGCCUCCGGCCAAGCCACUGGAUCGUACUGGGGAUCCGACAAAUACUACUCCAGCCCGGGUAGAUCGCCUAACAAGUGUAACGAGUACCAGAGCAAGGGCUUCAGCUGGACUGACCUCGCUGCUGGCUCUUUCUCCGAGUAUGGUGGCUUCUCCUUCUCUGGUUUCACUUGCGGCAAUGGAUUUGGUUCUGGCCUUGGCAAGCGUGGUACCCAGAAAUGCAUUUCCGGUACCGUCUCCAAACGUAGCUCUAGCUCCAGUGAUGCCUCUAGUUCCCAAAGCGCCGGUUCUUCGGCUCCAUCAUUUGCCUGCGGCUCCGAUGAGAGCGGCUUCUCUGUGACCAACUUGCACAUUGCCACAGAGAAGGAUACCGAAUUGCACAUCAUCUACAGCAUGCCCGAUGGAUCGACAUGCAAGAACACCGCUUCCUGUAACUCAGCUGGUACUGUGGUUACCAACGACCAGUGUGGUGGUGCUAAGUCCGUUCACUUCGAGCUGCCUGACGAUAGUGAACAUGAGAGCUGCGGUUUCGGCAUCUACAGCGUUGGUUUUGACUGCACUCCUGGUUCCACAACCACUGCGCCUGUCAUUGCCACCCCUGCUCUUGCUGUCAGAGCUCCAUAUGAACAGAUAUCUGUGUCUGUUGGCGCCGGCUCUGUCGUGCCUUCAGUCUCUGUUCCAGGCUCUGAUGUGGUCCCAACCACCACCUCAGCGGUGAGCACACCUCUUCGGAUGACUACAUCGACUGUGUUUACCACCAGUUUGAUUACCAUCACUAGCUGUGCUCCAUCUGUUACUGAUUGCCCUGCUGGAUCAGGCUCAACCACUGUGGUGACUUCCACCAUCGCUCUAUCCACCACAGUCUGCCCUGUAACAGAGACUGAGCCUGCCGGGGAAACUACACCUGUUGCGGAGACCAGUCCUGUUGUGGAGACCAGUCCGGUUGUGGAGACCAGUCCGGUUGUGGAGGCAACUACUGUCGCUACAAGCUCGCCAUCUGUGCCUGUCGUGACCAGUCCGACCGGUGUUCUACCUGUCAGCUCCUCGGCUGGUGUUCCUCCUUCUAGGGACACAUCCGUUCCUACAUCUUCGGUUUCGGCUUCUUCUUCUAUUUCCUCCACUACCCCCGCGGGAACUUCUGCUGUUUCGACCCCGUUGAUCACCACUCCAGUCCAAAUGACUACCUCAACCGUGUAUACCACCAGCGAGGUCACCAUCACCAGCUGUGCCCCCGAGGUUGUGAGCUGCCCGGCAGACUCGACCACAGUCGUCACUUCGACUAUCCCGAUCUCGACCACUGUGUGUCCUGUCACGGAGACUACUGUUGCCGCUACCAGCUCAACAUCUGUUGCCGUUAUACCCGGCCCGAGCGGUGUUCUCCCUGUUAGCUCAUCUGCUGGGGUUCCUCCUUCUAGUGAUACAUCUGUUCCUUUAUCCUCGAUCUCGGUUUCUUCUACCUUGUCUGUUACGACUGACACCCCCGGUGAAACUUCCGCCGCUUCGACCCCGUUGAUCACCACUCCAGUCCAGAUGACUACCUCAACCGUGUAUACCACCAGCGAGGUUACUAUCACUAGCUGUGCCCCCGAGGUUGUGAGCUGCCCGGCAGACUCGACCACAGUCGUCACUUCGACUAUCCCGAUCUCGACCACUGUGUGUCCUGUCACUGAGACUACUGUUGCCGCUACCAGCUCAACAUCUGUUUCCGUUAUACCCGGCCCGAGCGGUGUUCUCCCUGUUAGCUCAUCUGCUGGAGUUCCUCCUUCCAGUGGUACACCCGUUCCUUUAUCCUCGGUUUCGGCUUCUUCUACUUUGUCUGUUACGACUGACAGCCCCGGUGGAACUUCCGCCACUUCUACCCCGUUGAUCACUACUCCAGUCCAGAUGACUACCUCAACCGUGUAUACCACCAGCGAGGUUACUAUCACUAGCUGUGCCCCCGAGGUUGUGAGCUGCCCGGCAGACUCGACCACAGUCGUCACUUCGACUAUCCCGAUCUCGACCACUGUGUGUCCUGUCACUGAGACUACUGUUGCCGCUACCAGCUCAACAUCUGUUUCCGUUAUACCCGGCCCGAGCGGUGUUCUCCCUGUUAGCUCAUCUGCUGGAGUUCCUCCUUCCAGUGGUACACCCGUUCCUUUAUCCUCGGUUUCGGCUUCUUCUACUUUGUCUGUUACGACUGACAGCCCCGGUGGAACUUCCGCCACUUCUACCCCGUUGAUCACUACUCCAGUCCAGAUGACUACCUCAACCGUGUAUACCACCAGCGAGGUUACCAUCACUAGCUGUGCUCCUGACGUUGUGAGCUGUCCAGCAGACUCGACCACAGUAGUGACCUCGACAAUCCCUAUCUCGACUACUGUGUGUCCUGUCACAGAGACUACCGCAACUGAUGUCGGCUCCACCACACUUUCACCUACAGGCACAAGCGUAAGCGGUAUCUUGCCUAUUAGCUCCCCGGCUGGAACUUCCACUGCUUCGACCCCGUUGAUCACCACUCCAGUCCAAAUGACUACCUCAACCGUGUAUACCACCAGCGAGGUUACCAUCACUAGCUGUGCUCCUGACGUUGUAAGCUGUCCAGCAGAUUCGACCACAGUAGUGACUUCGACAAUCCCUAUCUCCACUACUGUGUGUCCUGUCACGGAAACUACCACAACUGAUGUCGGCUCCACGCCUCUACCUACAGGCACAAGUCCAAGCGGCGUCUUGCCUAUUAGCUCCCCGGCUGGAACUUCCACUGCUUCAACCCCGUUGAUCACCACUCCAGUCCAAAUGACUACCUCAACCGUGUAUACCACCAGCGAGGUUACCAUUACUAGCUGUGCUCCUGACGUUGUGAGCUGUCCAGCAGACUCGACCACAGUAGUGACUUCAACAAUCCCUAUCUCGACUACUGUGUGUCCUGUCACGGAAACUACCACAACUGAUGUCGGCUCCACGCCUCUACCUACAGGCACAAGUCCAAGCGGCGUCUUGCCUAUUAGCUCCCCGGCUGGAACUUCCACUGCUUCAACCCCGUUGAUCACCACUCCAGUCCAAAUGACUACCUCAACCGUGUAUACCACCAGCGAGGUUACCAUUACUAGCUGUGCUCCUGACGUUGUGAGCUGUCCAGCAGACUCGACCACAGUAGUGACUUCAACAAUCCCUAUCUCGACUACUGUGUGUCCUGUCACAGAGACUACCGCAACUGAUGUCAGCUCCACCACACUUUCACCUACAGGCACAAGCCCAAGCGGCGUCUUGCCCGUGAGCUCCCCGGCUGGGUCAACUACUCUUAGUGGCACUUCAGCUGUUUCUACCCUAGUCGGGACCUCCUCGGCUCCUGGUGUGACCUCGGUUGCCUCUUCCCCUGCACCUUCGUCUCCUGCUGGCACUACCCCCGCUCCUGGAGAGGCUACCACCACUGUCGUUACUUGGGAGACUGUAACCACAUGCCCGGUGACUAACACUGUUACCUCCGGUAGCUCGACUUUUGUGACUACCUCAAGUACCAUUUCAACUGUUACUUUGACUACUGUCUCUACAAUCUGCACCCAGUGCUCGGUUACAGCUACCUCCGUUGCUGGUCAGACCACCGUUGCCCCACCUGGUACACCUGGUACACCCGAGGCUUCGAGCACUGUCGUUUCUAGCAGCGGGCCAUCCGGUACGCCCGAAGGAUCAAGUCCUAUCUUUUCCACGACUGAAGAGGCCUCUAGUCCCCUCCCCAGUGGCCCCGAUGUUACUAGCUUGGUCCCCUCUAGCGUGGGUGCUGGAACCACAUCUGCGAUUCCCCAAGGAUCGACUGCCACGGUUAUAACUUAUGUAACUGAGACCACCUGUCCUGUGACUGCCACCGUCACUUCUGGAUCGUCGACGUUCGUCACGACAUCCAACACGGUAUCAACUGUUACGUUGACCUCCACUUCCAACCUUCCAAGCUCUGUCGCUGCCGGAAGCACUCCCGCUCCCUCCGAAACAGGCGUCUCCACCACCGCUCCUACGGGUCCCGCUGUCACCAGUACCAUCUCAUCUAGCGUCGGCGUCAGCUCUACACCCACCGUUCCGGAGGGUGAGACUACCACAGUUGUGACUUAUGUAACUCAGACCACCUGCCCUGUAACUGCGACUAUCACUUCUGGGUCAUCAACUUUCGUCACGACGUCCAGCACAGUUUCGACUAUUACCCUGACCUCCACUUCUAACCUUCCCAGCUCUGUUGCUGCCGGAAGCACACCCGCUCCCUCUGAUACAGGUGUCGCCCCUACCACUGCUCCUACGGGUCCCGCUGUCACUAGUGUCGUUUCAUCUAGCGUCGGCGUCAGCUCUACACCCACCAUUCCCGAGGGUGAGACUACCACAGUUGUGACUUAUGUAACUGAGACCACCUGCCCUGUGACUGCGACUAUCACUUCUGGGUCAUCAACUUUCGUCACGACAUCCAGCACAGUUUCAACUGUUACCCUGACCUCCACUUCUAGCCUUCCCAGCUCUGUCGCUGCCGGAAGCACACCCGCCCCCUCUGAUACAGAUGUCGCCCCUACCACUGCUCCUACUGGUCCCGCUAUCACUAGUGUCGUCUUAUCUAGCAUUGAUGCAAGCUCUACACCCACCAUUCCAGAGGGUGACUCUACCACCGUUAUGACAUACGUGACCGAGACAACCUGCCCGGUUACCAGCACCGUCACUUCGGGUUCUUCCACCUUCGUUACCACGUCCAACACAGUCUCCACAGUGACCCUCACCUCCGUCUCAACUAUAUGUACACAAUGCGCCACUACCGCUACUGCUGCCACGGAGACCGAUUCUCUUUCGACAGCCAGUAAUACCCGGGCAGUCCCCACUGGUGUUUUCCCGGUAUCGAGCCCAGCUCCAUCAGCUCCCUGCCCGGAUACGGUGCCCCAGUGUAUCAACACCUGGCUCACCCUCGCCCCCAAGUGCACAUCUAACAGCGAUGUCUCCUGCUUCUGCCCUAACAGCGAGUUCACCAGCAAAGUAAUCUCCUGCAUCCAAGCCUGGGGUGCCUCCAAGGCAGAUAUCCAAUCCGCCCUUUCCUACUUCACCGGUAUCUGCGCUGCCUGGGUCCCUCAGAACCCAGGCAUCGUAACCGCGAUCCCGUCAACCAUCACCCUGAUUCCGACAGUGGCUCCUUCCGCGCCCCCAUCCAGCGUUGCCGGCGCCAGUGUCACUACCGGCGCCGUCGUCCCUAUCACCUCUGGCCCCACCGCCCCCUGCACAACAAUCACCUACUCGACCUACACCGUCACCGUGCCGCAGGUCAGCUUCGUCACAAGCACCGGCACUAGCUCCGGUGCCACCCCAACCGUCGGUCUGGUUCCGGCUGUUCCUAGUGGCACUUCCCCAGCACGCAGCGGCCGUCUUUCCCGCUCUGCAUCGGCCACCUGGUUGACCUCAAGCGGCUACGCGUACGCCAGUCGAAGCCCGAUUAGAAGCGCUUUGCCCAGCGCAUCCCCGGUCUUCAACUCGGCAUCGAGUGUGUCGAUCGCUUCUAGUCUUGUGCUUGCUUCUCUCGCUGCUUUCUUCAGAUUGGUAAUGUAG